CAAAGUGGUCAAAGAUAAUACAACGUCUGGUGUUGUUAAAUAAGUAAAUAAAUAUCACAGACACUACCAAAAAAAUUAAAAUGGCUGACGAAGAUAAUAAUAUGAGAAUAAGAAAUCUAUAUUCCAGUGAAGCAAAAUUGGCUCAAAAAUCUCAACGUGAAUUGGCAGAUGGUACCGAAAAAGAUGUACUGACAAAAUUGCGUUUAUUGUGUUUAAGUCGCGGUGCCACAGGCAUUUCAGGGCUGGGCAGAGCCUUUCGCAAUAUGGACGAUGAUGGAAGUAAAGCAUUAAAUGAAGAGGAAUUUGUCAAAGGUAUACGUGAGUUCGGUCUGGACUUAAGUGAUGAAGAGCUAAAGGAAUUGUUUCAAACUUUCGAUGAAGAUGGCAGUGGUUCUAUUAAUAUGACUGAAUUUUUAUUGAAAUUACGUCCACCCAUGCCACAGAGUCGUCUAGACAUUAUUGAACAAGCAUUCAAUAAAAUGGACAAAAAUGGUGAUGGUGUCAUUACCGUAGAAGAUUUAAAACAUGUUUAUUCCGUUAAGGAACAUCCAAAAUAUGAAACUGGUGAAAUGACUGAAGAUGAAUUGCUAAGAGAUUAUUUGAAUAAUUUUGAAGGUGUACGUGGCAAUAAUGAUGGAACUAUAACCAAGGAAGAGUUUACAAACUAUUAUGCUUCGAUAAGUGCAUCCAUUGAUAACAACAUGUAUUUCGACUUGAUGAUGAGACGUGCCUUCGCUCUUUAAGUACUGCAUUGGAACAUGGAAAAAUAAUUUAUAUUUACAGAUACUCCUUAUAUGUAUUUUUAUUAACAAAGCGAAGUUUGAAAAAUAUUUUUUAAUUAUAAAAAAAUUAUUAAUUUAACUUUAAUGUUUAAU